AACAAAAAAAAAAACAUAAAAGAAAAACAAAGAAGAAACUGAUUGAAAUCAAGGAUUCACAAACUUGCUGACAGUGUUCCUUGGAGGUAUAGCCGACGACUUUAGCAGCAGGGAAUCAAGUAUGGUGGUCGACAUGGCUAUUGGGAUCGUUAUUGAAUCCCUGUUGAAGAUAGUGAUUUCCGUUGCUGCUGAAAAGAUGAGUCUUUUGGCGGGUAAGGAAGAAGCACUCACAAAGCUAACAGAGCAGCUGAAGACGAUUAAGAAUUUGCUGAUGGAGACUCACAACAAGGAAAAAACGAACAUUGUAAAGAAAUGGCUGGAGAAGCUCCCAUCAAUCAUCCUUAAUGCUCAGAUUGUGUUUGAGGAGCUCGAUUAUGAAGUUCUUCGGGAAAAGAUUGAGAAUCGAAAGAGGGAUAAAGCCCGAGCCUUUUUUUCCUCCUCAAAUCCUAUUGCAUUCAUUCCCACAAUGAAUGGGAAGAUCAAGAAAGUCUUGCGAGAAGUGGAAGAUGUUUAUGUAGAAGCACAUAAACUCAGAAUUCCACUAGCCGACUUGGGGAACUCAUCUCAUGCUCCACAAUUUGUGAGGUCAUCCACAGAUCCUUAUAUUGACCAUUCAGAAUUCGUGGGGAGGAGAGAAGAUAUGGAAAGGGUGAUAAACAUGCUGAAUGAUCUGGUACUAGGUGGCAAGAGAUUGUUGCUGGUGCUAGAUGAUGUAUGGGAGCAUAAUAGUGAGAAAUGGAAUCUCAUGAAGAAAUAUCUGCUUCAAAUUGGUGGUGGUAGAGGGAGCAAGAUCUUAGUCACGACACGCAAGGACGACAUUGUUUCAGAAAUCGGAAGAGACUAUGCCUAUCGCCUUGACAUACUCUCAAAAGAAGAGAGUUGGACAUUGUUUGAAAAAUAUGCAUUUGUAGCUGGUGGCGCAACAAAGACACCACAUUUGGAGGCUAUUGGUAGAAGGAUCCUGGAUAGUUGUGGAGGAUUAGGAAAAUUAAGAAAUCUCCGGACAAUCCCUGAUUUUAAAUUUGAUAAAUUUGAGGGACGUCAAAUCGAAGAGCUGGAACACUUGGACAAACUCAGAGGAAAACUAAAAUUAUCAAAUCUUGACAAUGUGUACAGCUCCGAAUCUGUUGCCAAGUCCAAAUUGUCCAAGAAGUGCGAUCUUCAAACUUUGGAACUUCAUUGGGACAGGAAGAGAGAACACUGUGAUGAUGACAUUAAUGUGAUGGAGGGACUUGAACCUCAUCCGAAUUUGAAAGUGUUAGUAAUAAGUGGGUAUGGAAGCCUAGAGUUUCCAUCCUGGAUGAGAAGUAGAAGUGAUUUGUCAUCAUCAAUGCGUAAUCUGGUGAAGCUCCAAAUGUCGAGCUUGUGCAAAUGUAAUAAACUACCAUCACUUGGGCAUUUGCCGUGUCUUGCAUAUCUGGAGAUAGAUACAUUACCCAACUUGGAGUUCAUAGGACCAGAAGUUUAUGGUUUGUCCAAUGUGGAUUGGGCUACAAAGAAGAGCACUGGCAAAGGUAGUAACGGGUCAUACAUCAUUACUUUGUUUCCAGCAUUGAAGGUUCUCAAGUUAUUGAAUAUGACCAGCCUGAUAAGUUGGUUUGAAGCAACUGAUUUUAUUCCAUCAAAACGUGCAUCAUCGUCAUCAUCAGUUCAAGCUAGACUAUGCCCUUGUCUAGAGGAAAUAGUUUUGGAAAAGUUACCCAAUUUGAUAGCUAUUCCAAACUUGGGAAGCCUACAGAAACUUCGAGUUUUGGAUGUAUCGUCUUGUGAUAAUCUGACAAUUUCAUGGGAGCCUAGGAACCCGCGGGGUGAUGAGUUCCAACAACAUGAGUUUUUCCCAUUGUUACAUCGGCUCCGCAUUUGCAACUCUGACAAUGUAAGUGCUCCAAUAUGCAAUCUCAUUCCUAGCUUGGCACCCGUUGAGUCAUUGCAAAUAAGAUGCAACCCACGUUUUUGGCCUGAGAAUUUGUACCACUUUAUCAGCCUCAAGGAAUUACAGUUGGGAACCAGAUGGAGAUCUGAUGAUUUGGAACUUGAUUAUUUCCCUUGGCCCUAUCCUUCUAUCUCCAAUGCUACCCUUAAUCGUUUUGUCUCUCUUACGGUUCUUUCAUUGUUCGGAGAAGGAUUACCAAAAGUCCGGUCACUUCCUUACCAAAUUCAGUAUCUGACUUCUUUGACCCGUUUAGCAAUAGAGGAGUUCACUGGGUUGGAGACUCUUCCAGAGUGGUUGGUUAAAUUAGAGUGUCUUGUUGAACUGGGACUUGUUGGCUGCAGAAACCUCAAGCAGUUACCAGAGGCAUUUCGACGCCUUACCAAUUUGCAACAUCUGAUUAUUGGGUAUUGUCCUGUUUUGGGAAACAGAUGCACACAUGGAAGUGGCUCUGAGUGGCCUAAGAUUGCUCAUGUUCCCUACGUCGACAUUUGUGGCAAUCGAGAAACAGUGAGUACCGAAUUUUGCGAAUUAUUCUUCUCAUUUUCAUCGUAUGUAUAUACAUUAGUUGAUUUGAUUUUGCUUUCUUGUGUUUCCGUUGAUGAUUGUUCAGGAAUAGGCCUGAAAGUUGCAUCUGAAUCGGAUGUACACAUGACUUGA